AUGAAUAAACUGCUUGCGAGAUCGAGUAUAGUACGGAGGUACACUACGGGUGGGAAGCUGCCCAGCUACGCUUUGAAGCCAGCUUUUGGCGCUCCUGACGCCGUGGCCGCGAAGGCGUUCCGGGAGAGCCUUCAGGCGACGCAGACUCACGCAAAGGGCACUUCCGACUUGUGGUUUAAGAUCGCGCUGUGGGCUGCCGCGCCUGCGAUUCUGAUCACUGCCGUGAACACGUACUUCGUGGAGAAGGAACACGCGGAACACCGGAAACAUCUGGCACACGUUCCGGACGAGGACUGGCCUCACGAUUACGAGUUUAUGAACCAGAGGCAUAAGCCCUUCUUCUGGGGGAACGGCGACAAGUCUCUUUUCUGGAACCCUAUAGUCAACAGGCACAUCGAGCACGAUUGA